UUGACGCAACAGGAAGUGGCAUAAAUUUUAAUGGAUGUAAAGGUUUGACGGUAUGGCCUUUGUUGUCCGGUUUGAAUAGCCUACAGAAGCUUUAUCUAGGUAACUGUGGCACAUCAGAAAUUCCGGAGAGUAUUGGAUCAUUAGUUUCAUUGAAAGAGUUAUAUUUAGACGGAAACGAUUUCGAAAGCAUUCCUGCAAACAUCAAACAACUCUCUAACUUGGACAUUCUUAUGCUGCAUGAUUGCAAGAGGCUUAGAUAUUUGCCAGAGCUUCCAGGCACAAGGUCAUUUUCUGCAUUAAAUUGCACCUCUUUAGAAUUUGUAUCAUUUUCGUCCUUUUCCAAAGCAAAAAGAGGAGAUGCCCGUCGGUACACUAAUCUUAAUUUUGGUAACUGCAUCAAAUUGGGUGAUAAUGUACGUCUUCAAAUUACGGAAGCUCUGUUCUCAGCACAACAAGGCCAGAACGACUAUCGAUUAUGUAUCCCUGGGGUGGAAGUGCCGCAAAGUAUGAAAUAUCGAACAAGUGGGUCUCAUCUUUCAGUUCAGUUGGAAAGGCCUGAUUGUAUGUUGGGUUUUUAUUUUUCUGCUGUUAUUGAUUUCCAAGAUUUUGAUAUAUAUGAAAUUUCGGGUUGUGGGAUCUUCCAAGAUAAAUCUGGAAAGACGUAUGAGUAUGACUUUGACUUUAAUUCUAUAUAUUUUGGGCGGUUUAAGUUAGAUUCAAAACAUGUGUUCCUUGGGUAUCAAACUUUUGAGCAUGAAAUGAAUUUCACUCGAGUCUCAUUCCAGCUUAAUCAACGUGAAUAUUUAAGGGAUGAGAGGGUGAUCAAUUGUGGCAUUCAUCCUAUAUAUCGGGAAGAAUACAGGAAAGCGGAAAGAAGGAAUAAAAGAAGGAAAGAAUCGGACAAGGAUAUAGUACAGGCGGCAAACACUGAAUUAUGGGAGAAGAAUUCAAGACAAAGACUCUGAUUAAUGUCAAUUAGUAUGGCAAAUGGAAAUUGACAAUAGGUAAAGAAAUUUCUAGUUUCUGUGUGUUUUACUUUGGGAUUUUGGUUGACUUCGGUUUUCAAUCACAGCAUCACAGCAGUGAAGAGAAUCAGUUUAUUAUUGGCUGUUACUUGGGUAUUAGCACUCGUAAUAGCUAAUCUAUUUCUAAGUUUCUGCAGUUGUACGUUGGCAUUGUAUCUUAA